AUGCCUGAAGGCCGCGAACUCCUCUUUCAAUACUUGCAGGCUGAUGACUGGCUUGAAUCGGAGCGGGGCAAGCCUGGCUGGGACCCGACACUGCACAACAUCUUCGUCGACAUUACCGAAGACGAGCGCGAGACCACAGGCUCUCGGCGGCUCAAAAACGGCUAUAUAGACAGCAUAUCUUGCGCUAUGGACAUUCGCCGAGGCUCCAAAUCAAAGCAAAAGCCUGUCUUCCCUUCGCAAUAUGCCAGUCUCGACGCUUUGCUGGCUAGCCAACCACGUCUCACCGGUCUCGAACAUACUGGGCGCAGUAUAAUCCUUGUGUUCGGAGAUCUUCUGUGUCAGAUCCAGCCAUUAACCCAUACGAAUGUCCAGAUAUACGAUAUGGAGAACUGGGAGGCGGUGUAUCGGACCUCUCACCUGCCUCUCAUAGGCGAACACCCGGAAUCAAAGAUGCGCACCUUCAAAUGUGCGCUCGCUUUCCACAUCGGCAAGCACGUCAUAUCCUUCAAUACGCUCGACUUCUUAUUCCAGGUAUCACGCUUUCCGUCCCUGUCAUCCCGUUCUUGUCUUACUUACUGUACGCUUGAGGUUACCUGGGUGUGGGAAAGCGAGCGCAACGAUCCGUUGACGGGACUAGCCCAUAGCGACUACAAUGUCCUUGAUCAAUGGCCUCAGUUUGUCGCACUAUGGGCAUCCUUGCUGGAGACGACCGUCGUCAAGAAGACGAAGACAGCUGGGUUGAACGGGCUCUUUCGCAACUGGGCGACGAACCCCAAGAAUACGAUGUACAAUCCAGGGGUCGGGGCCUAUAGCGUCGCGGAAGUCAUGCAUCUAGCCGGUCUUCCAUCCGAUAUCUCUCUCGGCGAUCUUCUGCGAAGUCCAUCCCGCCUUUGUCGCUACUUGCUGGCCCUGUACCAGUUUCUUUAUACUGCUCUUCAUCGUAUCUGGGUUGAACUUGUCUGCGCAUGUAUACAUAACCAUAUACUGGCGCCUCGCACGCAACAACGCAUGAAGUAUCCGGACUAUCUCCAUGUCUGGGCCAAGGAUGUCUUUUAUACGACUGAGCGGCAUCACGACGCCAUCGUUGCCUAUAAUGCUACCUUCUACAAUGGCAAAACAACAGCCAGCAACUUGGACGUCCUCGAUGCGUUUGAGCCCUCGUUUUUGCGAGAUGCUAUCCGGAACGCUCCCGAAUUCGUUCCCAUCUUAUUCGGUGAUCUUGCCGGCCAAAUGUACUGCAACGAACUCGAAGAUGCGGAAGUGUGGAAAGAUAAUCCGUUGCUACUAACCUUCAAGCGUAUGACUGAUGCUGGUCUACUUGUGUCAAAACGGGCCGCCCUCGACUCCAUGCGCUUUGCUACGCUCUUCGUAGCGGACUCGGAUAUGAGGCGGCGGAUGUUGCCUACUUACCUGUAUGGUAUUGUGAAGGACAAGAUGUGGACGGUCUUUGUGGCCAAACGCAAGAACAACUUCAAGCUAAUCAUCGGUUAUCAGCGCACGAAACGGCUAUUCCGGAUCGAGGUACUGGGUACCAAGGACGUCGCCAUUGGCCCGCUCGAAUACUGUGGUAUGGGCAUGAUCGUCAAGAAGAAAAGUGGUAAAGGAUACCAUAUUUAUCCUUCACGCGGUGCGGUCAUCAUGAGCGUACCUUACAGUGCGGCUCUCAAGGCGACCACCCAAGCUAUCGUUAAGGUCAGGGUGUUCCAGGACUCUAUAUCCGGAACAGGGCAGUCCGCGCUGAACAAGGUUGAACUCGCCAUCCGAGAGCGGGCGCAUCGUGCGUUCAGGAUGGUGUACCCGAAAGCUUGGGCUGUUGCGGCCAUUGCGAAGGUUCGGGUGCCAUCCACGAAGCUGAUUGCUGGGCCAGUGUCGGUCCCAUCUCAGCUGGCAAGGCGUAAACGCACACAGACUGAAAUCUUGCUUGCUGGGCAUAGUGCUUCGGAUAUCGAGCAAUCGGGCCGCGGCAAGCGUCGCAGGUCCUCUAUUCCCAGUGGUGCAUACAACAUGCUGUUUCACUCUGUUGAUGUGUACUUGAAGUAG